AGAAAAAAGGAAGAUGAGAAAAGAAUGUAAGACUUCAAUUAAAUGAGGGGUUGUUUUGUAAAGUGGGAGGGUCAUAGCAUAACAUAGGGGUUUAGCAAAUAUGUUAAUUUUAGGUUAAAGUGCAAGGGUGGUUCACUGCUGCGCCGGAGUGCAAAUGGAAACAGAUGCAGCACCCAUUCUGGACGUCAGGUCGGUGGUUGAAGCCAUCUCAACCGACGACGAUAACGCACCUCUUUAUCAGGUCGAAAGCCUCUGUAUGCGCUGCCAUGAAAACGGGACAACAAGAUUUUUGUUGACAAUGAUUCCGCACUUUAGAAAGAUCUUGUUGUCAGCUUUUGAAUGCCCUCACUGUAAUGAGAGGAAUAAUGAGGUGCAAUUUGCUGGUGAGAUACAGCCCCGGGGAUCACGUUAUCGUCUGGAGUUUCCGUCAGGUGAUCAAAAGAUGCUUGAUCGACAAGUAGUAAAGUCUGAGACUGCCACAAUAAAGAUUCCCCAACUGGACUUCGAGAUACCUCCCGAGGCACAACGCGGAUCCUUAUCAACUGUGGAAGGGAUACUACUUAGAGCUUCUGAAGAAUUACAAGCCCUACAAGAAGAGAGAAAAAAAGUGGAUCCCCAAACGGCUGAGGCAAUAGACCAGUUUAUAGUAAAAUUAAAAGCGUGUGCAACAGGAAGUUCAUCUUUUACUUUCAUUCUUGAAGAUCCUGCUGGCAACAGUUUUGUAGAGAACCCGUUUGCUCCAUCCCUAGAUCCAUCAUUAAGUAUAGAGUUUUAUGAGCGAACUCAUGAGCAAGAUACAUCAUUGGGCUAUGCCUUUGAAUCAUCAGAAGCAAGUGUUGAACCACAUGGAUCAGUGGGAGCAGUGGCAGGCCGUCGAGCAAUAGCCCAAGGCAGUAGCCCGGAAUUUGCUGAAGCUUUGUUUCGCUAUACUGCACCAGAAGAGGUGAUGACUUUUCCAUCAACGUGUGGUGCUUGUGCUGUAAGCUGUGAGACUCGGAUGUUCCUCACAAAAAUCCCUUACUUUCAAGAAGUAAUUGUCAUGGCAUCUACUUGUGAUGCUUGUGGCUACCGAAAUUCGGAGUUAAAGGCUGGUGGUGCCAUUCCUGCUAAGGGGAAGAAAGUUUCUGUUGCAGUGAAAAACAUACGAGACUUGAGUCGUGAUGUGAUAAAGUCGGAUACAGCCAGUGUCUUAAUUCCAGAAAUAGAUUUGGAGCUAACCAGUGGUACGUUGGGAGGUGUUGUGACAACUGUUGAAGGUCUGAUUACAAAGAUAAGUGAAGCUCUGGAGAGGGUGCAUGGGUUUACUUUUGGAGAUAGUUUGGAGGAGGGCAGGAAAAACAAGUGGCUGGACUUCAGAGCAAGGCUUAUUAAGCUUUUGAGUCUUGAAGAACCCUGGACCUUGAUCAUGGAUGAUGCACUGGCAAACUCUUUCAUUGCUCCUUCUUGUGAUGAUAUUAAAGAUGACCAUCAGUUAACAAUUGAGGUAUACGAGAGGAGUUGGGAACAAAACGAGGAGUUAGGUUUGAACGAUAUGGACACAUCUGCAGCUGAUGCUGUUUAUAACCCCGUCGACAAUGCUCCAUGAUAACCACAAAUUACUCACUGAUGGACCUGACUGAGACCAUAUUUUUAUUUCGCUGUUGCUAGUUUUGUAUCAUUUUAUGUCACAUAUCAAGGCCCCUGGUGCCUUUUGUAUUUGUUUGUGUUCUAUUUAUGCUCUUUCUGUGGUUUCAAGUGGGCUGAUGGAACUUUCAGAUAUAGUUUUGACCUAUGCGUUUGUUACAAGUCAAUAUAUGCUUCUUGAAACAUUUCGCUUUCUUUUUAAACAAGUCAAUGUAUGCUUCUUGAAAAA